AUGGAAACAUUCGCAAGCAACACAGUCGUAGGUUCAAAUUUAACUACGGCAACAACGACCCUCUUCCAUUUAACCGUCAACGCAACGACAACAGCGACAGUCCGGCAAUUACACCCAUCUCUGGACUCUCGACCAGAGGGAGCCUUUUUGCCAACGACAUCAAACCUUACCAGCAGUACGGUCAGUGCGGCUGUCGGGGGCCGAAUGUCAGAUCGACAAAAUGUUAACUGGAGCGACGACAUACGCCUUCCCUUUUACAUUCUAAUUCUUUUUCUCGCCGUCACGGGCAAUGGCCUUGUCAUUGUUACCUUAAUCCAAAAUAAAAAGAUGAGGACAGUUACCAAUGUCUUUCUGCUCAACUUAUCCAUCAGCGACCUGCUUUUGGCCGUAUUUUGUAUGCCCUUCACUUUAAUACCUGCGCUUUUAAAAACUUUCAUAUUCGGAGAGACAGUAUGUGUUCUCAUACGAUAUUUACAAGGUAAGUGA